AGGUGAUAUGUGUCUUCUGAAUGUGUAGAACAUUGAUAUUCUCCAUGAAGAAGCAGUGAAGAGUAGAAGAUAACAUUUUUUGUGGCAUCUCUUCAGCUCAACUCUCAACAUUCUUUAGCGACAUUGAACAGCUGUUUCCUGCUUGUACAUGACACUGUCUUUUCUGAUCCCAAACCAAACCACUUCCUGUCCCUUUGUCUUGUAUACUGAUACUGAAUUUCUUUUCAGUUCUACAUAAUUCCAGGAGACACAAUGGAAAAGUGCACAGAAUCACCACCUACUUUAAACACGGAGACCUCCUUUUUGAGAGAAGAUAAUCUGAUUCUGCAGCCACAAAUGCAGCAUCCAACUGAGGACAACCCCACAUUAAGAGGGCAAGUUGUGCCUGCCCAGAGUACUCCAGUGAUGUCUAUACCCUACUCAGGUGACAAUCUCCCUCAAUUUCAUGGUGAGCCAAUCAGUGUCACAGGGUUUCUUGCUCAGGUCACUACCUAUUUGACAGCUCUCGAGAUUUCCAAUCCUGCAGACAAUGCCCGAGUCAAGCAAUUUUUUGACUACCUGUCCCAGCAGAUGCAAAAUUGUGACAUCGUAUCGGAGUCCAACCAGAGACAUCUAUUGAAACAAUAUGAAAAUUUUAUUCUUGAGUUAAAGCAGUCAUUUGGUGAGCCUAUGAAGCAAGAAAUUAUCCCUCCUGUGAAUGUUCAGGUUGACAGUGAAGACGGCUCUCUGCAGGAUACUACUUUCCAACCUCUUGCUCAAAAUCUGAGUUACAGUGAGACCAGCCAGAGCAACCAGUUCCAAAACAGACAAGCUAAUUCCACCCAUGAUGAAGAAAUCACAGAUAUAAUGGGCAAUUUACCUGAUUUGAUCACCCAGUGCAUUCAACUGGACAAAAAGUACAAAGACAGGCCGGAACUCCUACAGACAGAAGGUCAGGUUCCAAUGUUCUCUUCCCCAAACCAUCUCAGCACCAUGGCUCCACCACCAAAGGAUGAGUUCAAGCCAUUUCAAGGAGUCCAAAUGCCUGUCACCCCAGCCAAGAGAGCCCGCCAGCAAGAAACUCAGUUAUGUCUCUACUGUAGCCAGGCUGGUCACUUCACAAGAGAAUGCCUUGCUAAACGUUCUCGAACUCCAGCAAGGAGAAAAAUGCAGCUCACUAGUUAAAUGAGGAUAGGAAGUCACUUUGUAAACUCAUAUCCCUGUCACCAUUGGCCUUAGUGAUUUAUACACUUUCACAAACUUCAAAAUACAAAUGAGUUGCUGUGGAAUCACUUUAAAAAUAUGCAUGACCAUUUAUAUCUCCAGGGAUUUAAACAACCAGAACUUGUUGGUUGGAAGAUAUCCCGUCCCCAAACUUGACCCAACAACAAUGAUGAAGACAAUGAAUAGAAACAUUAUAGUUAUGGCCACUUCCAUUAAGAAUUCUGAAAAUUUGCAGAUAGAAGUCUCUCCAGCCUGAGUAACACAGAGAAAAAUAAUUCUGACAAUGUAUUCG